AGAGACCAGAGAGUGUACAGCUUGUGAAAGGAUACCAUGGCUAUUCAACUAAUGCUGCAUUUUCUAGCAUUUUUAGUGCUGCAAGCAAACUUGGCCAUUCUGCAGAGGGAGAACAUCACCGUGCUCGAGGGACAAUCAGUUGUUCUCAAUUGUACGAUGAAUAGAAGUGAGAACGAAUCUAUAGAUUGGACAAAUCCACAGCGGCAUAUUACAUAUUUUAACAAUGUCCAAGGGCUAAGGGACAGAAGAUACAAAUUAGUGCAUUACUCAGGCACAAAAUUAAUUAUCACUCUGCUCAAUACUACAGUGCAAGAUGACGGCAUGUACACCUGUACAUAUUAUGGCCACCAACCAGUGACCAAACAAGUGUACCUCACCGUUUUAGCACCACCAUCUCCUCCUGUCCUGAACAUCACCAAACAUUUGCUGAAGGGAAGAGAAGAAAAGGUGAUCAGAUGUAUCACCACUGGAAGCAAGCCAAAGCCCCAAAUAACCUGGCUCUUAAAUAACAAAUUGGAGUUACAUGAACACACAGAAUAUAUUCCAGAAAACAAAGGGGCAAAGUUUACAACAAUCAGUAUGUUGAAAAUCAAAGCACACGACCAGGAAUCCAGAGUUGACUGUUUGGUUCGUCAUGAAAGUCUAAUGAACAAGGUUCUUAGAGUAUCCUACAGAUUUGAUAACAACUACAAUUCCCUUGGACUAUACGAAUCAUAUACUCAAAAUGCAAAUGAAACAAGCACAACCUCCAUGCCAGAAUCUACAAGCAACAGUGAAUCAUUUGAAUCAAUCACUCAGGAAAACAACACAGAAAAUAUUCCUACAGUCAACUACACUACCACAACUUUCAUCCCAGAAUCAACAGCUGACACAGAGCAACCUGAACCAGACAAGGUGGAGAAUAGCACCCAAGAUACUCCUAAAACCAACUAUGAUUUUGUCACAUCAAGAGAAGAUUCUACGCUGCUUACGAGUGAAAGUGAAACAGAAUCCAGUCUAAACUCAAUAUCCAGCACAGAUAUACCUACAACAGAAACAGGGCAAAGCGCUUUCCAGAUUACAGAAGACUCAUCAACCUCUCAUAAAAGCAAUCCCCAAAAUUUGACUGAAGAUACCACAGAGUCAUAUGUAGUAACUGAGACAGAAUCGAGUCUAAGCCCAACACCCAGCAUGGAGUUACCUAUCACAGAGAUUCAACAAAACACCUCCCAGAAUAAAGCAGACUCAUUCACCUCAAGUUACAGCAAUCCCCACAAUUCAACUGAAAACACAGGGACAAACGAAGAGACCAUAAACUCUACAACGGUCUGGGGUGUAACAAACAAUUCAUCAUUGGAACAAGAGAAUCCAAUUUCCACAGCAAAAUGUGAAGACAAUCAAACCAUGAAAAAUCAUGAAAAACCACAGAAAUUACAAAUGAAACAGAGUAGUGCCCUAUUACUGAUACUCGUAGCUUUCCUGAUCUGUGCCCUUCUUAUUGUGUUCCAAAUGUUCGUGCUAAAAAUAAGGAAGGAGCAUUUGAAGUGGAGAAAACAAAAAGAUGACUCUGAUUUAACAGUGGAAAGUAACAGAUCAAACAGAUCAAGUAAUGAAGAAAAUGUUCGACCUGAAAACAAUAAUCGAGAUCCCAAUUUUGGUACACCUUACACCAUUCACAUACAUUCAGAGGAACAAAUGAAGCAAUAUACUAACUUCACUGAAGAUCAAAUAAAUACAUUGGACAAGGAGAGCACAGUAUAAGUUACUGCUAUCACAACAACUUAUAUUUGCAUUAGAUUUUAAUGCAAAACGUGUUUCUAUUUUGGAAUUCUUUAAAGCAUUUUUGCAAAUAGUUGCCUUUGUUGCACUUAUUUCAAAGUAUAUGUUGGAGAAAAUUAUAAUUUAUGAAAAAGAUACUGCAACAGUUGACUAAAUGUGAAUCAGAAAUGCAUCUUCUUUAAAGUUUUGUUUCCAAACUGUAAAAUGUAAAUGUUUUAAGUGUUUUUAUUGUAUGUAACAAUUGCACUUAUAUUUAUUGCUAUUUGCACAUUAAAUACAAGUUUUUAUACUUUUUAGAAAA